UUGUCUUUAUAAAAAUGUUAAAAGAAUCUCUAUUAGCUGGAUUAGUGAUAUUUUUUUAUUGGUCACAAGUUGACGCUGCCAGGAUAUUGGUAUAUAUACCAACGCCUUCAAUAAGCCAUCAAGUAAUCCCACGGCCCCUAGUACAAAAACUUGUGAAACGUGGUCAUGAAGUUACUCUAAUAACAACUGAUCCAUCCUACGAAAAAGGCAAGGCACCAGCAAACUUGACAGAAAUAGACGUGCACGAUAUAUCAUACCAGCACUUUGAAGAUAUACUUCUACAUCAUAAUGGAAAUCCAUCUGAAGUGCUGGGUCAAAUAAUAAAACUUUUUAAUCGCUUUGCCACUACAGCAGAUCUACAACUACAAACUCCGGAGUUUCAAGAAAUUUUAAAGAAACCUAAAGACUACUUCGAUGUGCUAAUAUUAGAAGCAUGUAAUAGAGUCACUAUUGGAUUAUCUGAAAAAUUUGAAGCUCCAGUAAUUCAGUUGAGCUCUAUGGGAACGAUUUCUUCUCAUUAUGGCUAUUUGGGAGCUCCCAGUCAUCCAUUUCUAUUUCCUACACCCUUAAGUCAAAGACUUUAUAAUUUAUCGCGUUGGGAAAAAGUUAGUCAAAUCAUUAAAGAAUUGAUACUUACGUAUUUAAUGAACUACUCUUUGGAAUUCGAUGUGAACAUUAUUCGUAAGCAUUUUGGAAGAAAUACAGAUUUUAAAAAAUUAGGUAGAAACAUUAAACUCUUAUUACUAAACGAACAUCCAAUUUGGGCGGAGAAUCGUCCCCUUCCACCUAAUAUAAAAUACAUAGGCGGUAUUCAUCAAACACCUGACAAAGAAUUACCAAAAGAACUGAAAUCAUUCUUAGAUUCUUCUAAAAAUGGAGUUAUUUAUAUGAGUCUGGGAACAAAUGUCAUAACCUCAAUUUUACCUGAAGAUAUAAAAGAAACUUUAUUUGGAGUAUUUUCCAAAUUACCAUAUGACAUUCUUUUAAAAUGGGACAAUGAUGAAAUACCCAACCAACCAUCAAACGUAAAAGUACAGAAAUGGUAUCCCCAGUCAACCCUUCUAAAACACCCAAAAAUUAAUCUCUUUAUCACUCAAGGUGGAUUACAAUCUACCGAUGAAGCUAUCAAUGCUGGUGUGCCACUACUCGCCAUACCCAUGCUAGGAGACCAGUGGUAUAAUGCUGAAAAGUACGUUCGUCAUAAAAUCGGCUUGAAACUUGAUGUUCACGCAUUAACAGAAAAUGUUUUCCAUGAUGCGAUCACAACCAUAAUAACAGAUAAAAGUUACAAGCAAAACAUGCUAAGGCUUCGUAGUCUGAUGAGGGAACAUCCUAUACAGCCUGUGGAUCUGGCCGUGUGGUGGACGGAGCACAUCAUCAAGUACGGCGGUGACCAUCUCAUACCACCGAGCGCCUACCUGCACUGGACCGAGUACUAUGAAGUUGAACUUGUACUUAUAUGUUUAAGUAUUGCUUUGGCAACUCUGUGUCUAUUGUUUUAUGUUUGCAGAUACUUAUUCAGGGCUCUUACUGGGCUUUUAAAUUACGACGUAAGAAUAAAAACUAAAUUUGAAUAA